UUGGAGUGGAUGGGAGGGAGCAGCAGCCUCAGUACCAGGCACUGCUGUCUCUCAGUACUGAGUGCAGACUCAGACUGGAUAGGGAAGGAGGCUGCUACAUGCUGCCGCCGCCGCCGCUUCUGCUGCUGCUGCCGCCUCCUUUGUCGUAACACAGGGACCUUUUCACCGCAACCAGACUUGAGCCAGACGGAUAUUUUAUAUCACGGAUUCCGAGGGGGAAACUAAACAGCCACGGGUGUACCCAUGUACUUAUUACACGAGGGCAGGGGUCUGCUUCUGCUGGCGGUCUUGGCAGGACUGCAGAUCACAGCAGAGGGCAGGGGCACCCCUCCAUGCAGGCCGGGCUUCUCUGAAGAUGUAUACAAAGCAGUGGUACCAGAUAUUACAGAGAAAGGACAGCCCCUUUUCAACGUGAGAUUUGUGGACUGUGGACGAGGUGGUCUGGUGCGGUUUGAAUGCAGCAACCCUUCUGACUUCCGGAUAGAGGCGGACGGAGUAGUUUAUGCUGCCAGGAGUCUACAUCUCUCAACGCUGCCAGCAUCGCCGUUGGUGAUCAAAGCCAGGGACUCCACCACUCAACAACAAUGGGAGACCCAAGUCAGGCUGACACCGCCUACAAACUCCGGCCAGCAGGUCCAGGAAGAGGCUGCCCCUCCAGUCAUGUCCAAGGAUUUGAAGGAAAUCGUGUUUCCAUCGCGGCGCACGGACGGCCAGCUCAUACGCAUGAAGAGAGACUGGGUCAUCCCCCCAAUCAAUGUCCCAGAGAACUCACGAGGCCCAUUCCCACAGGAACUUGUCCGGAUCCGAUCAGACCAUGACAAAAAUCGCUCCCUAAGAUACAGUGUGACUGGCCCUGGUGCUGAUCAGCCCCCUACCGGCAUCUUCAUCAUCAACCCAAUAUCUGGAGAGCUGUCUGUCAACAAGCCCCUGGAUCGAGAGCACAUCUCCAGCUUCCAUCUGAGAGCUCAUGCAGUGGACCUAAACGGCAACCAGGUAGAAAACCCUAUUGACAUUGUGAUCAAUGUGAUCGACAUGAACGACAACAGGCCAGAGUUCAUUCAUCAGAUCUGGAAUGGCACCGUCCCUGAGGGCUCCAAGCCGGGAACGUUUGUUAUGACGGUUACGUCUGUUGACAAAGAUGACCCCAAAACAGCUAAUGGGAUGCUGCGUUACAAGAUCCUGUCUCAGAAUCCCGAGAGUCCAAGCUCCAAUAUGUUCACCAUCAACAAUAAGACAGGAGGCAUCAUUACAGUGGCAGCAGGCUUGGACCGAGAGAAAGUGCCUCAGUACACACUGAUCAUCCAGGCCACUGACAUGGAAGGUAACCCCAUGUACGGCCUCUCCAACACAGCCACUGCUGUCAUCAAAGUCACUGACAUAAAUGACAAUCCACCAGAGUUCACUGCUGAGACGUUCUUCGGUGAGGUGCCUGAGAACCGUGUGAAUGUCAUCGUGGCCAACCUGACGGUGACUGACAAGGACCAGCCCAACACACCAGCCUGGAACGCCGUCUACAAAAUCACCGGGGGCGACCCCACUGGCAGAUUCUCCGUGCCCACUGAUCCUACCACUAACGAGGGCCUGGUAACCGUCGUCAAGCCGAUUGACUAUGAAAUCAGCAGGACAUAUGUGCUAACAGUGGAGGCAAAGAACGAGGUUCCCCUGGCUAGAGGCAUCCACUUCCCUCGCCAAUCCACCGCCACUGUCUCCAUCAGGGUGAUCGAUGUCAAUGAGAGCCCCUACUUCGAGCCCAACCCCAAACUCAUUAAGCUGGAAGAGGGAAUGAUACCUGAGUCAGCACUGACCACCUUCACCGCCCAGGACCCUGAUCGUUUCAUGCAGCAAACCCUCAGAUACUCCAAACUGUCAGAUCCAGCCAAUUGGCUGAGGAUUGACCCUAACACUGGUCGAAUCACAACAAUUGCCAUUCUGGACCGAGAGUCACCCUAUGUGAAGAACAGUUUGUACAAUGCAACAUUCAUGGCUUCAGACAACGGUGUGCCUCCAGCAAGCGGCACAGGUACUCUCCAGAUCUACCUGCUAGAUAUCAAUGACAACGCUCCAAGCGUGUUCCCCCAGGAGGCAGAGGUCUGUGAGAAGCCAGAACCGAAUGCAAUCAACAUCACAGCACUGGAUGGAGACCUGAACCCAAACGCUGGUCCGUUCGCCUUUGAGCUGGCCCACAGGCCUUCAGAUGUUAGGAGAAACUGGACCAUCACAAGACUCAGUGGUGACUAUGCCCAGUUGAGCCUGAAGAUUGGCUUUCUUGAAAGUGGUAUCUAUGAGAUCCCCAUCAUCAUUACAGACUCAGGAAACCUGCCCAUGUCCAACACCUCCUACCUGCGGGUCAAAGUGUGCCAGUGUGACAUCAAUGGAGACUGCACCGACCAGCAGCACAUCAUGGCCGCUGGUCUGGGCACGGGUGCCAUCAUCUCUAUUCUCCUCUGCAUCAUCAUCCUCCUCAUUCUCGUGCUGUUGUUCGUGGUAUGGAUGAAGCGGCGCGACAAAGAGCGUCAGGCCAAACAGCUUCUCAUUGAUCCUGAGGAUGAUGUGCGGGACAACAUCCUCAAGUAUGAUGAGGAAGGCGGAGGAGAGGAGGAUCAGGAUUACGACCUGAGCCAGCUCCAGCAGCCAGACACGAUAGAGCCUGAUGCCAUCAAGCCCGUGGGAAUCCGCCGUCUGGACGAGAGACCCCUCCACCCCGAGCCACAGUACCCCAUGAGGUCAGCAGCACCCCACCCUGGAGACAUCGGAGACUUCAUCAACGAGGGACUUAAGGCGGCAGACAACGACCCCACCGCUCCCCCAUAUGACUCCCUGCUGGUGUUUGACUAUGAGGGCAGCGGCUCCACAGCUGGCUCCCUAAGCUCCCUCAACUCCUCUAGCAGCGGGGGUGACCAGGACUACGAUUACCUCAACGAUUGGGGCCCUCGCUUCAGAAAACUGGCAGACAUGUACGGUGGAAGCGACGACUAGGACACACAGCCCCCCUUUGAAGAAUGAGGAAAAAAAAAAAUAAUGAAGGAGAAAAGAAAAAAUUCUCUUUCCUGUUGAUGGACGUGGACAGCUUCUGAUAUCCCGAUAUUCUCUGACGGAGUGACGGAACUGUGGCAGAAAAUAAAAUAAAAAAUAAACAUGAUUCUGAAAUUUUUUCAAAAACAACCAACCUAGGCUUAUUGUUGUAGUCUACGCAUACAUAUGCUUGUUGAAGGCUUAGGCAUAGGCUGUGGUCCAGUUUUGGAGACGAUGGGAGGGAACAUUGGUGGACUGUCACCGUUUGGAUCGUUGGUAUUGAAUGCGCUCAGUUACACUUGAAUUUCACAGUACAGAAGCACUGGGAUAUAAUGUGCCUUUUUGUACAUUUUUUUGGAUCUGAAUGAUUAGUUUUAUGUUCAAGGCUUUAAUGGUACUGACUUUUGGAGUGAUUUCAAACAUAAAAAGUAUGUUACACUAUGGUAUGCUUCUACAUGCUUUUUUCUUUGGUUACACAAUGCUCCUGUUUGUUGGAAAUGAUUAUUUAAAUAAACUACAAAGAUGAAGAAAUGGAGGAUCCUUUUGUUAGUUAGGAUGGGAAGAAACAGUUAAGAACAGCACUGUACAGUACGCUAGACUUCUAGACCUUUUCACUAAAAAAAAAAAAAAAAUUAAACUUAUGCAGCUGGUUGCAAAUAAAGGGAGUAAUCAAUCAUACUUUUGUAGCAGAAUAAGUUUUUUUUUUCUUUAUUUCUGAAGUGAUGUAGUAUUUUACAAAAAAAAAAAAAAAAACAACAACUGUUUUGGUCUAA